UUUCCCUCUGAUGUAAGUAUAAAGUAGCAUAAUGGUGAACUACAUAGUUUGGAGUUAUACAAAUGGAAAAUAAAUCAAAUGUCAGUAGAAUUAUCUAUCAAAUUUGAGAAAAAAAUAAUCCAGUACUUUUUGAUUUCGUGUUUAGACGACAUUAAAAUGUGUGUUAACGCGACUCUACAUGCUAUAUUUCAACCCGAGGAAUUCACGUGUGAGCCUGGGUGGCCCACGCCCUCUACGUCACCAAGCUGCAGCCUCCAAGUGAAGAAGCUCAACCUUUCUGCCUUCACUUCGUCCUGGAGCUCGCUGCUGUCACCUCCCUCUGUCCACUGCUGCGGAGGCGAGAUGCUGGAGGGCAAACAUGAUCAUUAACUCGGCACGGAACGUUUCGCAACUUGCAGUCUACUGACGCACCGGGUCGGACAGCGCUUCACCACAGGUAAACUUACCUGGCUGAUUGUUGUUCCAGACUCCGCUCUAAAAUGGCCCAACAGAACCACAGUUGUCAUUAUGAUGAGUCCAUGGUCUUCUUCUACAACAACAGCGGCGCUGACGAUAAAUGGGACACCACCCAGCUCAUCCUGGUGCAGGUGGUGGGCUCUCUCUUCUGCUGUUUUAUCCUGGUCUCUAACGCCAUGGUCAUAGCUGCCGUCAUCACCAAUAAGAGGUUUCACUACCCUUUCUACUAUCUUCUUGCCAACCUCGCCGCCUCUGACUUCCUGGCAGGCAUAGCGUACGUGUACCUCAUGUUUAACACAGGUGAGGUGUCACGGACACUCACCGUCAAAGCAUACUUCUUCCGUCAAGGUCUUCUGGACAUCAGUCUCUCAGCCUCGCUGUCUAACCUGCUGGUAAUAGCUCUGGAGCGCUACAUCUCCGUCAUGAACUGGAAAGUCCACAGCAACCUGACGAAGAGGAGGGUGACCCUGCUGAUUGUGCUGGUGUGGGCCAUCUCCAUCUUCAUGGGGGCUGUGCCGAGCCUGGGCUGGAACUGCAUCUGCAACCUGAGCGACUGCUCCCAGCUCGCUCCCCUGUUCAGUCGGAGCUACCUGAUCUUCUGGUCUGCGUCUAACCUGGUUGUGUUCCUGGUGAUGGUGUCCAUCUACAUGAGGAUCUACGCCUACGUCAAGAAGAAGACAUCUAUCCUCACGCCACACACCAGCGGCUCCAUCAACCGCAAGAGGACACCCAUCAAGCUCAUCAAGACGGUCAUGGUUGUGCUUGGUGCCUUUGUGAUCUGCUGGACUCCUGGCCUGGUGGUUCUGCUGCUGGACGGCCUCAACUGUACGAGUUGUAAGGUCAUGAAAUUAAAACGCUGGCUAUUGCUCCUGGCUGUGCUUAACUCCGUCAUGAACCCCUGCAUCUACUCCUACAAGGACGAGGAAAUGUGGACAACCUUCAAGAACCUCCUGCGCUGCAUCGGCAACGGCACGCGGCGGCAGCGGUCGACAAAGGCCAACGCCAGGCCGCUCAGCUCUGCUCAGGACACGGGCAACAGUCAGCCCCCCUCAGAGGAGACAAAAAAUGACGAUCAGGGCAUACUCAAGACCUGAAAAUGGAACUUGUUAAGAAGAACCAGAACUUCUGUCCAGCUCUGACUGGCUGUACCUUACGAAGAUACAGAUUGGAUUUGACUUGAAAGAGAAACUGCACCAGCAUCUCCAGUUGGUCUCAGGGGGUCGUCGUUGUACUCAGAUUAAAAGUACUUUCUUGAAGAGACACUGCAGGCCGGCUGCUCCAGUGUAGGAUUUGUGGUGAGAUUGAGAUAAGAAGAGACCUUGAUGCACUUCUAAUUCCUCAAAUGGAUGCAAAUAUGUGCUUUUUCAGUUUUUUCAGGAUUUUACAGUUUUUGGACACAUAACUCCUAUUUGUGUGUAAUGCCACAUUCAUGUUGCUGUUUUCAGCUCUUUUUGUCUUCCUCAUCACAUCUCUGUAGGUUAUUUAAACUUGGCUAACACUGCGCUUUAAUGGUUGAAGACAGAAUCUAGUAUGAAGUACACAGCGGUACAGUUCUACUAUUACCUUCAAAAGGUAAAAAAUCAUGCAAAGGGUGACUUUACCUUGUCCUAAUGUAAAUUUGUGUACAUCUGAUUGACCUAUCCUGUGGGUUUACUACCUGUGUAGCUUGUGAGGAAGCAAUACUGUAAUGGAUGAUCUAGUUAAGAAAUGUAACUUGUUUAGAGUCAGGUACUAUAAAACUGUAGUUUUGCUUGGGUAGGUCACCGUUUUAAAGAUUAUUUUUUGUUUUUAAACACACCCAGCGAAAAAUACUGUAAACUGCUGUACUAUAUAUAUCUAUUUGUACAUCCUGUAAGAUGUUUUCAAGAAGAGGUGAAGUAAUUUCAACUGUAUGACAGCUAGCAUGCUCAGUGUGGCCUGAUUAUUUUGGCCAUUAUUUGCAAUUUUAAGUUAGUUCACACCCCGCUUUCUUUUGUGGGGAACAGAUAACAGAGUCGCUCCUUUCUUGUCCCAUCUGUCAUCUUUUAUCAGUUCUCCUAAACAAACAGAAUCUCCCAGCUGCAGCACCUCCAUGGAGGAAAACUUGUUCUCCCGGUAGCAUUUUAACACAACCACUUCAACUCACUGAAUGGUUGCUGUUGCUCUGACGAAACAGCUGCUCACCUGAGAGUGCAGGGGUUGUAAAAUGAUGUUGCGACACACUGGAUUCCUGCUGGAAGUUCAGCACACACUGAGUACCUGCAGGAACCGAAGAGGAUAUGACUGAAUAGACUUUAACUACCCACACGGACAAGCGUGCACACACAAUUCUAAUGCUAAAUCAUUGACAGGGUUCAAAUUACUCUUCAACUUGCUGUCCAGUAUUUAUGCCACUCUUGCUGUAAAGGACAUGACAUCACUAAAGCUAUUUUGUUUUAAUCUUGGGAGUGCCACAUAUGAAAGUGGUGAGUAGAAAGGUUUACAGCUCCAGUGGUGGUGUUUCUUUACUGAACUGAGAUUAUUCAUGGUCAUUCCUGUGUAGUGUGACAUUUAAACUGUUGGACUUUGAAAAUCAUAAACAUUAACUCACUUUUUUAAGUAACA